UAAGCGUUUGUGACCGUGCUUGCAUGCUCGUGUGUGUGUGUGUGGCUGCGAAAGGCUCUGGCACUUGCUGGCGGUGCUCAGUGCUCCCGCGCUCAAUGCCAGCGCCACUGCUAUUUGCUUGCUCGGCCGCACUCACGCAAACACACUCCUCCCCCCACACACUCUGUCAGGCUGGGCUCGGAAAACGGCAUGGAAUGGAAUCUCAGAAGGAUGGAAAGCGAGCUAAGGCAGAUCAAUCCGGACUUGCUGCAGCCCAGCAAGAGCUUUAAGAAGCCCUCCUCGGGCACCAUCACCCUCAAUGUGGGGGGUUACUUAUACGCGGCACAGCGGCAAACUCUAGCCAAACACCCUGGCUCACUACUUGAAGAGCUUGUCAGUGGUAAGAAAGCUGUGCAGCAUGUAGACUCCAUGGGUAACACAUUUAUUGAUCGUGAUGGGCCUGUUUUCCGCCACAUUUUGAAUUUCCUGAGGACGGGGGAACUGAUCCUGCCAGAUGACUUCAAGGAACUGGCACUUCUAAGGCGCGAGGCUGACUUCUACCGGCUAAGUGAGCUUGCCCAGGCGCUGCAGGAGUGGGAGCAGCAACAGGCAGGUCAGCGCGAACCUGCCUUCCUAGAGGUGACUGACAGCCACGAGCGCUCACAUGGCCUCAAGGUCUACUGCAGCGAUGCAACCUUCAUUGAGAAAGUCAAAGCACGCCUGGUGCAGAUCUCCAAGAGUCGCCUGGAUGGCUUCCCUGAGGAGUUUGUGGUCUCAUCUAAUAUCAUCCAGUUCCGGCACUUUAUCAAGUCCGAGCAGGGUUCACGUCUGGUGCUCAAAGAGGACAGCACCUUUCUGUGCACUCUGGAGACGCUCAAGCUUGAAACCGUCAUGAUGGCUCUUAAAGCAGGCUUUCGUGUGCUUACCUGCCUGGACAGUAGCCGGGGAUCGGUAGUGCAAUGCGAGGCUCUGCACUUUGUCAAGUGACCCAAACCAGCAAAAAGUACCCAUCAACCUGCAUUGAUGUUUCCAGC